AUGUACGCGCGCAUGCGUCUCGCGGCCAUGGCUGCGCGGCCGCUGGCGCGAGCAUCAGCACUGCGCCCGUGUCUCGUGAGACACAGCCUUGCCUCGCGCCAUAUCGACAACGCGGUUCUUCGACAGUCAAUCGCCAGAAGAGCGUGGCAGAGCACGAUAGCGACGCCCCCGGUCGAUCCCGCAGCACCGGCCGCCAAUGAUACGACACAAAACACAAUCUCUGAGGAAAAGGACACUGGCCAUUUUGAGGUCAAGGACAAUGAAGCUAUCCUAUUCUUUGACAACAUCUUUCCCCUCAAGAUCAUGAAUGUGCUGCGCAGAAACGAGAGCGACAGCGAGCUCGCAGAUUUGAUGCGCCGCUUUGAUAGCUCGAGGCUCGGCAUUAUGGAUCCCAUUCGUUUGGUUAAGAUGGCCAUCCCUGAAGAUAUGCCUAUCAAAGUCACGGAAAUUCUACCCCGCUUAAAGGACGGCGGUGCAUUUGUCAAAUUUCGGUACAGCUCUGAACUAGACCCAGCCGAGAUUGAAUCAACAUUGAAAAAGAGGCUCCAGGAGAAACCGCUCAAACCCUGGUUCAAUCCGUUCCGAGGCAUCCAGGCCCGUUUGGUCAGAGGCACUCCUUGGUUAGAGGACCUGCACCGCUACCCUUCUGGCGUGCUGCGAGUCGAAUUUGUGCCCGCCGAGGUUGGCACAACGCCAGAAACGCUCCCAGAGGAAGUCUUGUACAGCGUCUUUCGCCGGUACGGCAAGAUUGCCGAUAUUAUUCCGCAGUCUGCAGACUCCAAGGAAGUUCCCAAGUAUGCCAAUAUUGGCUUCCCGCUCCUGCGUGACGCCAUCAUGGCGAGAAACUGCGCGCAUGGAUACGUCGUCUCCGAAUCACAGGGCGGUGGAGCGGCCGGAACGAUGCUUCGCAUAUCCUACCUCAAGCGAGUAAAGGGUCAUACUAUCUGGAACUGGAUAACAAGCCACCCACGCAUCGUAUUUCCCAUCAUCGCCGCUCUUCUUGCUGGCCUUUCCGUCAUAAUCUUCGAUCCUAUUCGGCAAUUCUUCAUACGCCUGCAUAUUCAACAUUCUUUCAACUUUAGCGAAUCACGAUUAUACAAGUGGUUCCAGAGCCACCGACAAUCAUUUUCCUUUGGCAAGCACCGCGAGCAGUGGGAAACGUUGAGCAGUGCGAUAUGGAACCAUCGGUUGGAUGUCAUUAGCCAGCUACGUGAGUGGCUCGACGUUACUUCCGACAACUUCAUCGUCGUUACUGGACCGAGGGGUUCCGGCAAGGUUGAAGUUGUGAUGAAGAAGGUUCUCGAAAGCCGCCGAGACGUCGUUCUGAUUGACUGCAAGCCUAUUGUUGAAGCACGCGGGGAGUCCGCUAUGAUCGGUAGACUUGCUUCCGCUGUUGGAUACCGCCCCGUGUUUUCCUGGGCCAAUAGCGUGAGCAGCCUGAUUGACCUCGCUGUUCAAGGCACGACUGGUGUCAAGGCGGGCUUUUCCGAGACACUCGAGUCCCAGCUCACCAAGAUCCUGUACACCACUGCAAGUGCGCUCAGGGAUGUGGCCUUGUCCGGCCGAUCAAGCAAGGAAAGAGACGGCAGCACCUCGGAGGAUGCUUGGCUCGAGGCCCACCCGGAACGAAGGCCCGUUAUUGUCAUUGACAACUUCUUGCACAAGAGCGACGAGCAGGGCAUUGUCUACGACAAGAUUUCAGAGUGGGCAGCUUCUUUGGUGCAAAAUCACGCUGCUCAAGUCAUCUUCCUGACUAGCGAGAACGCAUAUUCCAAGCCGCUGACACGAGCUCUACCUGAUCGCGUGUUCCGUGUCGUCUCUCUUGGAGACUUGGAUCACGGCGUGGCGAAGAAAUACAUUAUGGGCCGCAUUCAAAACGAUCGUGAAGCUGCAGAGGAGCGAAAGGAGAAAGAGGAGGGCGACAAGGUCACUAGGGCCCCCAACCUUGGCGGCCUCGACAUGGCCAUUGACACACUGGGUGGCCGCCUGGUGGACCUCGAAUCCCUCUCCCGGCGCAUACAGUCAGGCAUGAGCCCGAGCGACGCGACAGAUGAAAUCGUCACGGAGAGCGCAGUGGACAUUGUCAAGAUGUUCUUGUCGAGCAAGGGCAGCGAGGCGGCGGAGAAGAAGUGGUCCACGGCGCAGGUGUGGCACCUCGUCAAGGGCCUGGCCAAGGAGUCGUCGCUCAUCUACAACCAGGUGCUGCUGUCGCCAACGUUUUCGUCCUCGACAAGCCCGUCGGCUGUAGACGGAGAGGCGGCUCUAGAGUCACUGGCGGCGGCGGAACUCAUCUCGAUUCGGUCGGACCGGGGGCACCCGCGGCUGAUCACGGCGGGCAAGCCGCUGCAGGCGGCGGCAUUCGCGAGGAUGGUCGCGGACCGGGUACUGGUGGCCAAGAUGGACCUGGCGCAGCAGAGCGAGCUGGCCAAGAUUGAAGCAAAGAAGAUUGCGGGCGCGGAGAACGAGCUGGCGCUGCUGGGCAGCUUGCCGCGGCAGACGAGCGAGUCGGCGGGCCGGGUGCAGUACCUGCUGGUACAGAUUGACACGGCGCAGCGCAAGAUUGAGGAUUUGGACAAGCAGAUGGCGGCGUGCAAGAAGAUUUUGAGUGAGGAAGUUUAA